UUUCCGUCAAAAUCUAUAUAGAUCACCUCUCUCUAUUCUGUUAAGCUAUUGUCAAACUGUAAAAUCUCUCUACUGAGUCGAUCUUGCCUCUAGGGUUCCAUGGAGACUGUUCUGCAGACGACGAGUCAUCUCCAUGCCCCUCGAACCGUCUGCGGACAAAUCCACCCGAUAUGUCUUAUCGGUCCUAACCUCAGGCAAUUGGUCAUACAGUCCACAAGAUCUCCAGCUGCCAUCAGAUGCUGCUCAUUGUCGAGUCGGGCCCAGACGGAGUACGUGCCCAACCACAUCCCGGACCCAAACUACAUCCGUGUGCUCGACACGACCCUAAGAGAUGGCGAGCAGGCUGCUGGCGCCACCAUGACCUCCAAUCAGAAGCUCGAGAUCGCACGCCAGCUGGCGAGGCUGAGGGUUGACAUAAUUGAGGCGGGGUACCCCGCUGCCUCAGAAGAGGAUUCCAAGAUCGUCCAGCGGAUCGCCAGGGAGGUUGGAAAUGGGAAUUAUGGGCCCCGCCGUGACAGUGAGGAGGAUGACGGCUACGUCCCAGUGAUAUGCGCACUGGCUCGGUGCACAGAGAAUGACGUCAGGGUUGCGUGGGAGGCGGUGAGGCACGCCAGGAGGCGAAGGAUCCAUGUUUUCAUCGGUUCGAGCAAGAUACAUAUGAAGGAAAAGCUGAGGAAGAGUGAAACUGACGUUAUUGAGAUUGCAGGCAAGAUGAUAAGGUUUGCUCGAAGCUUGGGCUGUGAAGAUAUCGAAUUCAGCCCAGAGGACUCUGGACGAUCCAAUAAAGAGCUAUUGUACAAGAUCCUCGGUGAAGCUAUCAAGGCGGGUGCAACGACGGUAAACAUACCCGACACGGUUGGUGGGUCGUUACACCGAGGAUUCAGGAAACUGAUUCGCGAUAUAAGAACCAAUACCGAUGGAACCGAAAACGUAAUCAUCUCAAUACACUGUCAUAAUGAUAGAGGACUUGCCCUCGCCAACACUCUCGAGGGAGUUUAUGAGGGGGCUAGACAGGUAGAAGUAACGGUUAAUGGCAUUGGUGAAAGAGCUGGGAAUGCUGCUCUUGAGGAGUUUGUAAUGGUAUUACGAGGACCCGGAGAGCACCCGCAAGACAUCUAUACGGGAAUAAAUCAGUUGCAAAUUGACACAGCAAGCAAGAUGGUGGAGGAAUACUCUGGCUUGUACUUACAGCCUCAUAAACCUAUCGUGGGGUCAAAUGCAUAUAGUCAUGCAAGUGGCAUCCAUCAAGAUGGGAUGCUAAAAAACAAAGGGACAUAUGAAAUUUUCUCCCCCGAAGAAAUUGGGCGCCAGAGGUCUAAUCAAGCUGGUAUUGAGCUUGGCAGGCUAAGUGGAAGUGCUGGUUUGAAAUCGGUAGUCAAUAAGAUAGGUUUUAAUCUUGACGAUGAACAGUUUGAGAAUGUCUUCAAGAGUUUUAAGGAAAUAGCCAAGCAGAAAAAGAAAAUUACAGAACUUGAUGUUAGGACUCUGGUGUUGGAUGAAAUCUUCAAGUCGGCAGAAAUUUGGAAACUUCGGGAUGUUGAGGUCAGUUGUGGAGCUCCUGGGAACUCCAUGGCAAGUCUUAAACUGAUAGAUGCAGAUGGGAUAGAGCAUACCGCUUGUUGUACUGGCACUGGACCUGUCGAUGCUGCUUAUAAGGCUGUCGAUCUUAUCAUCAGAGUUCCUGUAAAACUUUUGGAGUACUCCAUGACAGCAGUCACGGAAGGAAUCGACGCUAUAGCCACCACACGGGUCUUGAUCUGCCCAGGAUGUGAUGAGACUCUUGAUUCUGCAGAUUCAAAAUUGAAAUUCAGUGCAACAGGCGCCAGCGUGGACAUUGUCGAAUCAAGCGUCAAGGCUUACGUUGCCGCAUUGAACAGGAUGUUAGGUCUCAUGAAGAAAAUACCUAGCCUUGGUUCUUCUUCUUAGACACUUUCAUGCAAUUUUAUGAGCUGAAACUCCGAGCCGGGUUGUUGAUAUUCUGAGGUUUGGCCAGUCCUUAACCUGGAAGCAGGGGAGGGAGCAUUAGCAAUAAUAUCAGAUACUCCCACUGUUCUCAGUGAAAGCAAUUACCAGGACAGACGAUCAAGACCCUGUUCAGCGGUCUAUAUCUUGCAACCAUAGCAAGAAUAGGCCGGACUUUCUUAUUUCAGUGGUAGCAAGAGCUGGGACUUUAUUCGGCACGAUAAGGAUUAUCGAUCAAGAUGUCACGUGAGAUGCUCCCUAUCUGAUGCAUUCAUCUAAAAUUUCAAUAUCAGAACCCUCGUGUAUGCUCAAGAUAAGUUGGAGCUUGUUACGUCCGCCGACAAGCACAAAAAAAAAAGUCAUUCUUCUACAUUUCUCAGAAGAUUGAAAACCACGGACCGAGCUGAUAUUUCUAAAUAGGUCUUUUUGGCCCAUAUAUUUUCUUCAAA